CCCUACUUUCUUCUUCUUCCUCCUCCACGGCUUCUUCUUCUUUCACUCUCUCUUCUGAAACGCUUCGUCUUCUUCGUCCUUCCAUAAUAGGAUGGGCGAAAUCUACAAAAUCAACUCAAUAGAUUGGAAACCCUCUCCUGUAGUCGCUCUUGCCACCAGCGUCGACGGCCUCCGUGUAGCCGCAGCUCGCCAAGACGGUUCCCUUGAACUCUGGCUCGUAUCUCCCGGCUCCAUUGGCUGGCACUGUCAACUUACGAUUCAUGGUGACCCUACUACAAGAGUAUCUUCGCUUCUUUGGUGCCCUGGCGGCUCCAAUGGCAUGCCGUGCGGUCGUUUAUUUUCGUCUAACAUUGAUGGUUCAGUUUCCAAGUGGGAUCUUUUCCACCUGAAGCAAACGACUGUGCUUGAUUCAGAUGGUGUUUCCAUUUGGCAAAUGGCUGUUACGUUCCCUAAGGUUGAUUUAGUUAAUAAUGUGCCUAAUGGUGAUGUUAUGGGGAAUGGUUAUGCCAGUAAAAUUCAAGAAUCUGAUGAACAAGAGAGCAGCGAUAGUGACGAAGAUAAUGACUCACCUGAUGCUGGCAAGCAAUCUGUUCUUGAGUCUCCACGUGUAGCAAUUGGUUAUGAUGAUGGAAGUGUGAGGAUUUAUGCCAUAUCUGACGAAGAUGAAUUCCUAUAUGUAAAAUCAUUGCCUCGGGUCAAAGGACGAGUUUUAAGUGUGACUUGGAGCACUGAUGCUAACUACAUAUACUCCGGAAGUAGUGAUGGGUUAAUACGGUGCUGGGAUGCUACGUCUAGUCGUGAAAUUUAUAGGAUUACGGCUGGGCUUGGAGGUUUGGGUGGCGGACAUGAACUUUGCAUAUGGUCGUUACUGUCUUUAAGGUCUGGGACGCUUGUUAGUGCAGACAGCAGUGGCAGUGUCCAAUUUUGGGAUAGUAAACAUGGAACUCUCUUGCAAGCACAUUCAUUGCACAAGGGCGAUGUAAAUGCUUUGGCUGCAUCCCCAAGUCAUGAUAGGGUGUUCUCGGCUGGUUCUGAUGGCCAGGUUAUUCUCUAUAAGCUGUCUAGCCAGUCAGCAUCUUCCGACAGUGUCAACCCCCUUGUGAUGACAAAGAAAUGGAUCUAUGUUCACUAUGUAAGGUCUCAUACACAUGAUGUCAAGGCCUUGACUGUUGCUGUGCCGAUAUCUCAAGAAGAUUCUCUGCCAGAAGAGAGGAAUAAAAGACGUCGGCUUGAAGGAAAGCCUGUUGAUUUAAAUUAUCAUAAAUGGUCCCAAUUUGGGGUUCCCAUGCUUAUCUCAGCAGGAGAUGACACAAAACUAUUUGCAUACCCGGUAAAGGAAUUCACUAAGUUUUCUCCUCAUGAUAUUUGUCCUGCGCCUCAGAGAACCCCAGUUCAGCUAGUGCUUAAUACUGCCUUCAAUCAAUCAUCAAUGCUUUUAGUCCAGUCUAGGCAAUGGUUAGAUGUACAUUUACUACAUCUUGGAAAUGUUCGUACAGCUGGACGCUUUACUAAGACUGAAAUCCUUGCACGAGUGAAGACUAAGGAAUCUCGGAAGAUUGCUUGCAGCACAAUUGCUAAUUCUGGGGAGCAUUUUGCGUACUCUGAUAAUGCAAGGCCUAGUCUGUUUGAGUUAAAGAGGAGUGAAGUUGGAAAGAUUACAUGGAGCGUGAGUAGAAAGAAGCUUCCCCCGAGGUUACCCUUUGCCCAUUCAAUGAUUUUCACCCAUGAGUCAUCCUGGUUGAUACUAGCUGGCCAUGAUAGGAGGAUAUAUGUUGUGGAUGUCAGCACAUCGGAACUAGUGCAUGCUUUUACACCCUGUCGGGAGCUGGAUGACGAGAAAUUGCCUCCGAAGGAACCUCCCAUUACUAGAUUAUUUACCAGUUCCGACAGGCAGUGGCUGGCAGCUGUUAACUGCUUUGGCGAUAUAUAUGUGUUUAACUUGGAGACACUAAGGCAGCACUGGUUCAUCUCAAGAUUAGAUGGUGCCUCUGUUACGGCUGGUGGGUUUCCUCCCCAGAACAACAAUGUAAUGAUAGUUACAACUUCUUCGAAUCAAGUGUAUGCAUUUGACGUGGAGGCCAAGCAGUUGGGAGAAUGGUCGAUGAGGAAUACAUAUGUUCUUCCCCGGAGAUUCCAGGAGUUUCCCGGUGAAGUCAUUGGGCUUUCAUUUCCUCCCUCAUCAACUUCAUCAUCAGUUGUAAUUUAUAGCUCCAGGGCAAUGUGCUUGAUUGAUUUUGGAUUACCGGUGGAGCAAGACGAAAGCGAUAUGCUAAAUGCUCAAGAAUCAUUGACCAGGAACUUGCAACAAAACUUUACUAAUGUUAAGAAGAGGACAAAAUAUAGGAGAAACUUUGACGUAUUUUCAUUAGAUAACCCAGUUUUAUUUUUAGCUCAUGUCUCAAAAAAUUCCUUCUUUAUGGUAGAAAAGCCAUGGCUGGAAGUGGUUAAAAGACUAGAAGCCCCACCAGUUCAUAAACAUAUUUUUGGCACCUAAGUUUUCAAAACAAAAUAGGGAGAAGAAAGGGUUGUUCUCAGCUUUAGGGGGUGACAUGAUGAUGAUGAUAAUGGUGUUGAUGAUGCAUCUUUAUAAGGGGGAUAUAGAAAGAGGGUCCCUUUCAAUGUUGUUUUUUACUCCUUUUUCUUAUUUUGUCUCUCCAUGGCUGGGAUCCAUUGUCAUGUAUUGUGUUUUCAUAAUCAAUUUUGUUCCAUUGGUGA